UAGCUGGAAAAACUGUGAGCAUAGGGGGCAGACAGAUAAUUCACAAGCCUUUUUUGUAGCUAUCAGAGCUACUGUCUUACAAAUAUAGCAGCUAUUCAUUAGGGAGUAUUAAUUGGUAUAGUCAUACGUGCUACUCUCUAUUUGCUCUGGAAACUGAGAGAAGCCAUUUAUAUGUGUUGAAGUAUAAACUUCUGUAACAGUGGGGGGUGUUCUCAAAAUCCCACUUACCACAGGCAGCUGGCCCCAGUUUUUUUCCUGCUUGAACAUAUGUGGAGUACUGUGGUUUACCCAGGGCUCAAACUAGUCUAGCUGUUUAAGGUAAAAAUCAGAGUUGUUUAUUUAGAAGCUAUUUUUGAUAUCACAAAAGUGAUAUCAAAAGGUGUUUCAAAAAGAAAUAAUUUGUGAAGAUGCCUACCAUGUGGAUAAUUCAGCACUUACGUUGUUGUGAAGUGUUGAGAUGUGACUCUGAAAUAGUCGCAUGUUUUACUCAAGUCAAGAAUGCUGCAGGCAAUGGCAAGAACAGAGAAUUUCAGUAAGGGGAAAGUGUGUUAAUUAUCCAUGCAAGAUGUUCACACUUGCUGCUGUGUUUCAUAUGUUUUCAUAUCUGCUGAAGCAAAGCAAGAAAAGUGUUGUGCUGGGGCAGUGUGCAUGCAUGGCUUAGAGCUGAAUAGAUGUAAAUGGUUAAAAAGGGGUUCUCUGCUAGAGAGGAGGAGGGGAAAGUAAGAGUGCAUUCCCAAAAAAGUACAUUCCCAAAAUAAAAAGCUUACAUCAUGGACCUCUUCAGUUUUCCCACACUUCUUUCCUAAUUAUUAUCCUGCAGGACAGCUGAUCUAUUUCAAACAGGAAGCUGUUUACAGAUAACACUUGCAACUGUUUUGUCUGAUUUGUUGAACUGUCGAAAAGCAAAAGACAACCUCUUUUCAAAUUAAAAACUGUCAGACUUCUGUAAACAGCAGCAAUGAGGUUCAUCUGUGCAGUGUCCCUGCAGGCACAGAGCAUUCUGCAGUUCCCAUUUUCUCAGCAGCCAUAAGAAAUAAAACUAUGUGUGGGAAUAGCAUCAGGUACUCAUGUCAAUGCUUUGUAGGAAUGGGGCUGAACUGAGAUGGUUUAGACAUAGGUUUUAGAAGAACUGACACCUACAUUUGAACCCUGGCUGUUUAAUUCUGCUCUCCAGCUUGUCUAUCAAGAAACCUUAUCACCAGUCUGCUGGGUGCUCAUGCUGAAACUGCCUAAUUUCCAGGCUUUCAGCUGUGUAUCUGAACCACUUGGCUUGAAAGCCUCUCUGUCUGAUCUUCUGAAUCCUGAAGUGCCCCUGCUACAAAAAAAAGGAGUCAGUGACCUGUAAGUGCUCAUUAUGAAGAGAGAUCUGGUUUUCUUGGUGACUCUAAUUAGCCUUGCCUUCCUGUCACUACUAAGGUCUGGAUAUCCUCAACACAUUGCAGAGGAGUCCUGCUCUGUUCAGAUUCUUGUUCCAGGCCUCAAAGGGGAGACUGGAGAAAAGGGGGAGAAAGGUGCUCCAGGUCGUCCAGGCAGAGUUGGACCUCCAGGAGAAAAAGGAGAAAUGGGAGACAAAGGACAGAAAGGCAGCAUAGGACGGCAUGGAAAAAUUGGUCCUAUUGGUUCAAAAGGUGAAAAAGGAGAUAAUGGUGACAUAGGACCACCAGGUCCUAAUGGUGACCCAGGCAUCCCCUGUGAGUGCAGCCAGCUAAGGAAGGCUAUUGGUGAAAUGGAUAUCCAAGUAGCCCAGCUGACAACGGAACUAAAAUUCAUAAAAAAUGCACUGCCCUCCCCCGCAGCUGUUGCUGGUGUGCGUGAGACAGAUAAUAAGAUAUAUCUGCUGGUGAAGGAAGAGAAGAGAUACAAGGAAGCCCAGCUCUACUGCCAUGGAAGAGGAGGGACGCUGAGCAUGCCCAAGGAUGAGACUGCCAACAGUCUGAUUGCCUCGUACAUCAACCAAGCUGGGCUCACCAGGGUCUUCAUUGGGAUUAACGACCUAGAGAAAGAGGGAAAUUUUGUCUAUUCUGACCGGUCACCCAUGCAGACCUUCAACAAGUGGCGCAGUGGGGAGCCCAACAAUGCUUAUGAUGAGGAGGACUGUGUGGAGAUGGUGGCCUCUGGAGGGUGGAAUGAUGUUGCAUGUCACAUUACCAUGUAUUUUGUGUGUGAAUUUGACAAAGAAAAUGUCUAAGCUUCUCUGCUCUUUCUUUAUUUUAAGAAAAGUUUUUAAGCCAAUUUUACAGGUUACUCCAUGUUUAUGAGUUCAAGUGGCAUUUUGCAAGUAUGUAGCACCAAUGUUGUACAGCUGUAAAUACAAUUUAGGUAUUUCAAAUAUCAGUAUUUACCCUUUAGAAGGGAAGAGCAGUCAUAAGACAUAGCUUGUUUUUUUAUUUUUCUGUAGAAAAAUAUAUAUAUUUAGAUAAAAAUGUGGUUUGGGGCUAAAUUUUGCCCUUACAACAGUUAACGAAUGUGAUUACAUGACUGUAAAGGGAAGGCAGAAUUUGGCCUCUAGUUGUUAGAAUGCUUAGAAUUAGAUUCCUGAUAGUCUUUUAUCUUAGCAAAAUUUGUAGUUAUAAAUGUUAAUUGCUUGUAGUGCUACAGGGAUAUUUCAGCAACAAGACAAAUAUUUUGUAUACUCCAGUUAAUUAGUACAAAUAUUACUGUAGGUUUGUUGGUUGUUAAAAGUUUGUUUGUUUUUUUU